AUGGAGCAACUGCAGUAUAUCUGUAAUGAAUUAUCUGACAAAAAUGAAAUAGAUAUCAUAAAAAGAUACGGUAGCAACGCAAAACGCUAUACAGUGACACUGUUGAUACUUGUUGUACUCGCAAUACCCGUUUUUAUUUUGUAUCAACUUUGGCCACUUAUAUGUGAUAUUCUGUUUCCCAUAAAUGAGACUCGACCUCUAUCGUUGCUGUUUAUAACUGAAUACUUCGUUGAUCAAGAAAAAUACUAUUACUUAAUUUUGAUACACGCAAACGCAGCCACUUUCAUAGGAGUAAUCGCAUUGAUAGCGACCGGAACAAUGUUCAUAGCUUAUCUAUUGCUUGCAUGUGGAAUGUUUCGAAUUGCCAGUUAUCGUAUCGAACGAGCGAUGGCAAUUGAUAUGCUACACAAAAACAGCUUAGAAAAGAAAUCUCCGAUUUAUAAGGGAUUAAUUUGUGGCGUUGAUAUGCAUCGUAAGGCUAUGAAAUUUUCCGAUUUGUCAAUAUCCAAAUUUAAAGUAAUGUUCUUUCUUAUGUUGGUGGUAGGCGUGAUAUGUACAGCCAUCAAUUAUUUUCGGUUUACAAUAUUUCUGACUUCAAAAUGUACUUCGAAUCUUCUCAUUAAUGUCCUUUCUUCUACAUUAUUUUACAUUGUACUUAUAAUUAAAUAUGGUUCAUUUAGCAUGAACAUUAAAGUCAUAAAAGAUUUGCUGGAGCAAAUUCAAUAUAUCUGCAAUGAAUUAUCUAACGACGAAAUUGAUAUUAUGAAAAGAUAUGGUUGCAACGUAAAACAUUACACAAUUACAUUGCUACUACUUGUCAUAUUCGUAACAUGCGUUUUCAUUUUGUAUCCAUUUUGGCCACUUCUAUCGGAUAUUCUGUUCCCCAUAAAUGAGACUCGAUCUCAUCUAUCGUUGUUGUUUAUAACUGAAUACUUUGUCGAUCAAGAGAAAUAUUACUAUUUAAUUGUGAUACACGCAAACGCAGCUACUUUCAUAGGAACAGUAGCAAUGUUAGCAACAGGAACAAUACUCAUAGCUUAUCAACUACUGGCAUGCGGAAUGUUUCGAAUUGCCAGUUAUCGUUUUGAACAAGCGAUGACAAUUGAUACGCUACAUAAAAACAAUUUGGAGAAGAAAAUUUUGAUUUAUAAAGGAUUAAUUUGUGGCGUUGAUAUGCAUCGUAAAGCUAUGAAAUUUUCGGAUCUGUCAGUAUCUAAAUUUAAAGUAAUGUUCUUUCUUAUGAUAAUCGCUGGUGUAAUGUGUACGGCUAUCAAUUAUUUUUUGAUUUUUCAGAUGGUUUCGUUUGGAUUUAAUAUCGAGAAGUUCUUUUUGCCUGUGAUAUUUGCACUUGUCCACACUUUAUAUUUGUUUAUUGGUGGUCAGAUUGGGCAACAAAUUAUAGAUCACAAUAAUGAUGUACUUGACACCGUAUACAACAUUCGAUGGUACAUUGCUCCUCUACAAAUUCAGAAGAUGAUAUUGUUUCUCUUGCAAAAAGGCUGCAAGGUUUUCAAUUUAAAUAUUGCUGGAUUAAUUGUUGGAUCUUUUGAAGGUGUCGCUACAUUAAUGAGUACUACAUUAUCGUAUUUUACCGUUCUUUACUCUACGCAAAAUAAAUGA